UCCCGUGGCACGUACACCCGAACGAUGUACGGCGCGGCCGUGGCGGCCGGAGUGGCCCAGCGCUAGUAUAGCGAGGAAUACCGGCGUACAUUCAGCUACUCCAUCCCACAAUUGCAAGGGCAUAGGUAGGGACGAGCUUAACUGCUAAUCGGGAGACUUAAAGAAACGUCAGAUCAAUUUUAAUGCUAGACACUGAGUUGCACUUCAAACCGACAGUACUAAUCAUGAGUAAUUCCGAAUUUAAAGGCCAAAUUUUGAUAUAUUCUAUCGUUGGAUGCCCGUUCUGCAUGCGAGCUAAACAGACUUUGCAAGAUCUUGAAUUGCCUUAUUUGGACGUUAACCUCGAUUCUUAUGGUGAAAAAGUACGGAAAGAAGUCCGGGAAAGGACUGGUAGGAGUACAGUUCCACAAAUCUUCUUUAACGCAAGGCAUGUUGGUGGCUUUGAUGAUUUACAAGCCUUGAUUGCUGAUAAGGAUAAUUUCAAUCAAUUGAUUGAUGAAGUGCGGAACAAUGAGGCUCCUCCUGAUGCCCCAAACAUUCCUGAUGCUAAUGAAAUGAAGCAAGAAAAAAGUGAUCUGGAAUUCACCUGUGAGCUAGACGAGUAUGCCGUCUUGAUACGAGAGCUUAAGACCAGUGGGAUCAUCAAAGAUCAUCGGAAAGGCCUUUCAACCUACAAGAACACAUUCCAGGCUAGAGAGUUUGUCGACUGGAUAGUAAAGGCAAAAUCAUUUGAGGACCGAUCCACUGGGAUUGUAAGCGGGCAGGAUCUGAUCGAUCGAGGUUUUGCGAGUACUGUGAAAGGAUUUCAUGACGGACGGUUUGAAGACAAUGAUAGCCUUCUAAGAUUGCUAGAACAUGAUGAGAAUACUGCUCUCAAUUCAGGAUUGUCAAGUGAAUGUGAAGCUAGACCUGCUUCAGAUCUUGGGGAAGACAUGAGGAAGCUUAUUCUCUCUCUGUACAAUGAAUAUCUUUCUUCAGAUGGUAAGAGAGUGAAUUACAAGGGUAUUGCAGCGAGUUCACAAUUCCAGACUUACACCCGGAUGACUGCGCAGCUCUACAGAGUGGAUGUGAAGUCCGCUUCUCGGGAGGAGAAGAUUGCUUUCUUUAUUAACAUUUACAACGCCCUUGUCAUUCACGGCUAUGUCUCCUCUGGACCCCCAAAGAAUCUGUGGCAGAGAUACAAGUUCUUCAACUAUGUGAGCUACAUUAUUGGUGGUCAACUAUAUUCUCUCAACGACAUUGAGAAUGGAAUCCUGAGGGCGAACAGGAAGCCACUAGGCUCCCUCUCCAGACCCUUCUCAAAGAGCGAUCCUCGCCUCCAGGUGGCGCUAGACCAGCCGGAACCGCUCAUCCACUUUGCGUUGGUCUGUGGAGCUAAGAGCUGUCCACCAAUCAAGACGUACUCAGGCAAAGAUGUUAUGAACGAGUUACAGUUAGCAGCAGAAGCUUUCCUGGAAGGGUCUGAUGGGUGCCAGGUCAUUGUGGACAAAAAGGAGGUUAAGUGCAGCCAGAUCUUCAAGUGGUACAGAGAGGACUUUGGCAGGAACGAUAAAGACGUUGCUGUAUUUAUAUCCAAGCACAUGGGAGAGAGUGAGAAGAAGAAAUCACUGCUGCAGGUCAUAGGUCACAAGGACUACAAGGUCAGUUAUAUGAAGUACAACUGGGGUAUCAACUCCCAAUAGAGAAUGGCUUUUCAACGCCUAUUGGAAAACACUUCUAUGCACAAUAUUUUUCUAUGAAUGAGUUUACAGUAUCAUGCCAAAAAUAACUAUCGACAUUUCAGGUAAAGUCAACUGGAAUUAGAUUUAUACUGAAUAUUUUUUUGUUUUGUAAGAAGCGAAAACAACAAUAAAUUAAAUUUGGAUCAAUCUUGAUGAAUAAUAGUAUGGUUGAUUCUGGGACGAUAUUGAAUGAAGAGCAUACAGUUCAAAAUAUUGAGACAUUCAGAGCUUCAGACAAGUUAAUAAAAAUCAUCAUUUCAAGUCGACCCUCUGCUCCAAAGAUUCCCUGAGGUCGAAUUGAUUUUUUAGACCAGAUUAUUCAAAACAUGUUACCUCUUCUAAGUCAAGGUUUCUGUAGUUGCUGGUUAUAUCAUAUAUUCAUUUUGUGUACAUGUAUGAUUGCAGAAGUGUUUAUAGUCAUAAGAUUUAAUUCUAAUACUAAUAAUGAAUUUUAUUCAUAGAAAUCCAUAAAGCCUUUGAAAUGCACAGGGAAGUAAUGUUGAUAUCAUAUUGUAUUUUUUUUCAAAUCAGAUUGCGAUUAAGAAGGCCACAAAGAGUAUCUAGAUUAUGAUACUUUUAUUUCUAAAUUUAGAGCAGAAAUUCAAAAUUCUGGAAUAAAUGAUUAAUAUUUUCAUUAUUAUUACUUAUAAAGAACUUUUGCGUAUAUUUAUAGUAUGAUCAUUGUGGAUAAAGCACACAAUCUUCUUGAAAAAUUAAUGUGCAAUUUAGCGUUUUGGCCAUUGGUACCAUCAUCUAUCAUGUUUGCUGAUUUUUGCCGUAAUGGUGUGGUCGACAGCCAAGAUCCUGAGGCCCUAGCCUGGGCCACAUAUGGUCUACCAAAAACAACCGAUCAGAGGUGGUAAAGUGUACAUGUAUUCUUAAAUAUCAAUUGAUAAUUGGCAUGUUAUCAAGGAGUUAUUGUGAAUUUAUGAAUUUAUCAAGUACAUAUUAAAGAAUUCCUAAGAUAUCUUUAUUUAGUUUGUAUAAAUAUGUGAAAUGUUAGAGUAGGUGCUUGAUAUGACAAGUUUAUUGUAUUUUGUGAAAGCGAAGUUUCUCCAUUUUUAUUGCCCGAUAUUGUCAUUAGUUGCUAUUUUCCAGUCCAAGCUGUGUUGUUGUAUGAUUGUAAUUGUUGUGUCAAAGUAAUUUGUAUAUGUUGAAUAAAUAAUUUCAGUCCCCCUCC